UGCCAUCGCAGUACUGCAUUGGAGAACUUCCGGCUCGUGAUAUUGCUUACCUGUCUCGCAGGCAGUGAAGCAGGCGGGAAGUGGACUUUCACAGACGUUCUGGUGUUUGUCAAGUGUAUAAAGUGUUUUUUUUAUAGAGUGGGAUUUCACUGACACAAAAUGGAUUUGUCAGACAAGGAUAGCAACAGGCAACAUUUUGCAAUGAAGACUGACUUGAAUUUGCUUCUGGAAUGUCUUAAGUAUCAAAUGGAUUCCCCUGCAUCCCAAAAACAAGCCCUGGUCACCAUCUGUUCCAUCUGUCAGCAAAACGGUGAUAUCAGUGAUUACUUUCGGGAGAUCGGUGGCCUGCUCUUUGUUUAUAACCUCGCCCAGUCCAAUCAGCAUUCUGAAGUGAAGGAGACAGCCCUCUUCACGUUAGGAGCGUUAGCUGAGAGUAGUGUCUUUUGCCAGCAGGUAUUGUGCAAUUCAGAAUUGUUUACAGAAGUAGGCAUGUCACUUUCACAGAACUCGCCACUGAAUUUGAAAAGGGUGGUAGUGUAUGUGGUGUUGGUACUGGUCUCCAAUAACAAAAAUGGACAAUCCCUUGUUAAAACAACAGGCUGCAUUGACAUUCUCCUUGACUUACUCAGAACCAGUUUUCCAUUCUCGGAUGAGAACGGCACAAAUGAAAAUAUUACCCAAGGCUAUCAGCUGUGGUCAUCUGUGUCAAGUGCUCUUUGUGCUUGUGUCAACAACCCCCAAAAUGAAGAGAAUCAACGGAUAUGCACAGCUGCCUUUCCGUUUUUAAAAGAGUGGCUGCAGAAAUGUGUUCGGAAAGAAAUAACACAGCCUAUUUAUUCAUUUGUCGGACUGACGGUUGCAAAUAAUCCCUAUUCUCAGGGCUUCUUUGCUGCAGUCUGUGGUUUGGAUACCCUGGCUCAGGUUUUUGUUAAACUGGUCGAUGAGUCCAGCAGAAACCCCUUGUCUGGCGAGCUUGCAGUGGUGGUGACAAAGACCCUGUGUGCCUGCAUUGCUGAUAAUGUUCCCCUCGCAGCUGGUCUCUCAAAAUAUCAUAUUGUUCCAAAGCUUUUGACACUGUUGUCAUGCAGUUGGCUGGACUCGGGUGGCAGGUUAUGCAUCAUCCUCACUAUAGGACAUUGCACAGAGGCCUGUGAGGCGCAUCAGUUUCAAUUACUAGAGAAUGGUGGUCUUCCACAGAUGAUUCAGUUUCUCUCACAAUCUCCCGAUGAAGAAUUAAACAAAGCUGCCACUUUUGUGCUACAAAGCUGCAAACAAAUCACCGAAAAACUGUCGCUUGGUCUGAAUGACCAUUCAAGGGAUAAGAGAAAUACACCCACAAUGCAAGGCACAUCCCACACUAAUUUGGAAAGCUACAGGAGGUCAGCAAAAGAAAUGAUGAAGAAAAUUGAUUUGAUAGAGAAGCAGCACACUGAGGAAAUGUACACAAGUGUUGAAGAAGAACCAAAUAAUACAAGAGAGAGUUUUCAAGCAGAUGCCCACGGCAGGGCCAAUUCCUUUUUAAACAAAAGACUGACCCAAUUGAUGGAAGGGAUAAGGAAGGACUUCUCUAAAAGUUCUUGUGGAGAGUCCUCUGAAGAGCUACCUGUCAGGAAGGUAAAAGGAGGGGGAGCUAAGAGAGACCUGCUCUUUCAGGAUGACAGAACAAGGAUAGAGAAUGCAGAACACACCCCAAAUCAAGCUAUAUUGGGAGACAAAGGGACCAUUCUGGGAAGCAGGAGAGAGACUGAUGAACAGGCAGACAGAACCAGAAACAAUGUCCUUGCGGACAGAGUAAGGAGGCAAAUAUUCAGUGUUAACAAUGAACUGCAAUGCACUAUUGAACAACAUGCAGUACCAGUGCAGCAGCAGCAAGUAAAGAUAGCACACACCGAAGGAGUGAAUGAAAGGACCUGGACACGGCAAGAAGAACAGGAAGAAGAAAUAGCCUCAGAUGAGCCACACGUUGGAGCUGCCUGCCCUAGAGAGCCUGCAGGUCAGCAGGGUACCACGCAUACCACCUCGAAGAGCAGCAUGAACCCUUCCAGUUCACUUCCUGCAGCAGGCCGGACUUCAAGCUUGUCUUCGGAAAGAGCCAAGAGAAAGAGAGAGAAUGAUGGAGAAUUGAGCCUCCCUGAUACAGUAGCAGAAAGGCUAUUUGUUUUCAAAUGUCCAGCCCCAGUUAACAUGAACAAGAAAAAACAGGAUCAUUUAGCUGCAUCUAUAAGAGAUGACAUGGCAGUGUGUUCCGAGAUCCUUGAUCAUGAAAUCAACAACAUUCUGAACACGCCUGCUUCAUCAGUUAUACAAAAGGCUUUUAGAUGUUCAGGAUGUGUGACAGGAGUGUCCCCUGUGAACAGUAGGAAUUUCAGCCAUAUCCUCCGUUCUUGCCCUUACAAAUGUGACAGGCACACAGUACUCCUGGAAACCGAGGACAGAUAUAAAAUGGAAGUUAAGAAGUCCCUAAAUAAUAAGAGAAACAGCCUGGCUUUCAACAAAAGUAAGAAUUUAGAUAUUCGGCUGACACCAGUACGAAAAGGAUCAUCGUUCAAGAAUUCCACCAGCCGCACAUACGAUUCAUACCAAAGAGCUGAGAGAUUUAUUUUGACUCCAAGAAAGAAACCUCAGAUUAGCACAUUGGAGGUACCAUCACAGAAUGGCAUUUCAUUGCCUUUGAAACCCACAGAGGCAACUUACAAGUCAAGUGGUGCAUGUCACAGGACAGACCACAGGGAGCGCUCAAAUGUUGAUAAUUACCAAGAAAGAGAAGAGGCAGAAGAAAGAGAUGUUUUCUCCUUUAAGGACGCUGAAGACUCACCCUAUGGCGUGGAAACUCAGAACCAGAAACCAAAGAGGAGAGAAAGGAAAAACUUCAGCAGGGAGGAAGUGGAGUAUCUGCUCGAUGGAGUGAAGAAACUUGGCACUCGCUGGAAUUCAAUCUUGUGGUCUUACCCCUUUCAAACGGGAAGGACCAAUGUGGACUUGGCAAAAAAGUACAAAAAACUUGCAGGUGCUUCACAAUUCUUUAAAAAAUAAAGCAUUUUAUAGUUAGAUGUCAAGGGUAUCAAUGUUUUACAUAUGCUACACUGAGUUGACAUUUUGUUAACCUUUUUGUUUGCAGAGAGCUCAAAGCCUGACAAAACAACUCUGGCAGAGUUCUUUCCUUUCUAUAUAGUUUGUGACAACUCACAAUACUGUACUUACUAGAAUAACCCACUUAUUAAUAUAAAUCUAUUCUUGAUUCCAAUGUUCAUUUAAAUACUGUUCUACCCUGCUGUUGAUUUUUUUUAUAUCACAGAAGUAUUGAUGCCUCAAUGGAACUUUGCAUUGUAUAAUUUAGCCACAGAUACAGAAGUUUUUCAUUCCCUGUAAAAAUGUGUAAACUAUAAAAAAAAAUAAACAGCUUAAAAUGGUCACAUGUCAGUUACGCCUUUAAGUAAUAAUUUAAAGAUCUAAUACAAUUUUUUUUUUUUUUUAAUACAUUUAGUUGUUGCCAAUUAUUUUUAUUAUUUUAUCCCAAUUUGGAAUGGCCAAUUAUUUUAUUAUGCUCAGCUCACCGCUACCACCCCUGCGCUGACUCGGGAGGGCGAAGACGAACACACGCUGUCCUCCGAAGCGCGUGCCGUCAGCCGACCGCUUUUUUUCACACUGCAAACUCACCAUGCAACCACCCAAGAGCUACAGC